GCUUCUUUGGGCACUUCCCCGCCGUGCUGAGCCGCGCUGAGGGGGCAGCGCUGCCCCAGGGCCUGAGCGGGCACAGCCGGGGCGGGCACAGGGGCAGGGGGAGACCGGGCCUGUCCCAGCAGCGCCGGCGGGAUUUGCGCCACUCCGGAGGAUUUAGCUCAGCCCUUCCUACACUGCGUCAAAUCCUGUCCUUAGUUUAACCCCUUUGAACAAAAUCAGCCUGCUCUGAAAACGUAGUGAUCUCUUUUUUAAUUUAAAGCUCCAGCUUUUGCAAACAGCCCACAAAAGGUUCAUGACGUGCUUCAGCAGCGACUGCUGCGCCGUCAGGGCUUUUCCUCAGGCGGGAAGUGUCUCCCGGGCAGGGUGGAGGGAGAGCCGGACGAGGAGGCUCCAACCUCGGCGCAAAUCCCAGGCAGCCUUUCCACCCUCUGCAAAAUGCCGAGUGCCCUGCACUGACCCCGGCUGCUCCAGCUCCUGUGGGAGGAGCAGCCAUGGAGUAUGUUAGCACACGGGGAGGCACGGGGGCCGUGGACUUCGAGGGAGCCCUUUUCUCUGGCUAUGCACCCGAUGGGGGCCUCUUCAUGCCCCAGCACAUCCCCUCGCUGGACAGGGACACCCUGCGAAGGUGGAGCAGCCUCUCCUACCCUGAGCUGGUGAAGGAGCUGUGCUCCCUCUUCAUCCCGGCCAAGCUGGUCCCACGGAACGUGCUCAGCGAGCUGAUCAACAGGGCCUUCAACAGAUUCAGACACAAGAAUGUUGUGCAUCUGUCCAAGCUGAAAGAUGGGCUGAACAUUUUGGAGCUCUGGCAUGGUGUUACGUAUGCAUUUAAGGACCUGUCCUUGUCCUGCACAGGACAGUUUUUACAGUAUUUCUUGGAGAAAAAGCAGAAGCAUGUCAAUAUUCUGGUGGGGACUUCAGGGGACACGGGGAGCUCGGCCAUCGAGAGCGUGAGAGGGCAGAAGAACGUGGACAUCUUUGUUCUGCUGCCCAAGGGGCUCUGCACCCAGAUACAGGAACUACAGAUGACCACUGUCAUUGAAGACAACGUCCACGUCUUUGCUGCUCAUGGGAACAGCGAUGAAAUCGAUGAGCCGAUCAAGGAACUGUUUGCUGAUGUCAAUUUUGCUGGAAAAUACAACCUGAUGAGCUUGAAUUCUGUCAAUUGGUCCAGGAUUAUGGUGCAGAUUGCCCACUACUUCUAUGCUUACUUUCAGUGCACCCCAUCCCUGGAUACCACCCAGCUGCCAAUGGUGGAAAUUGUUGUGCCAACGGGAGGAGGAGGAAAUAUCACAGCUGGCUGCAUUGCCCAGAAAAUGGGUCUCCCAAUUCGACUUGUUACUGUGGUGAACAGCAAUGACAUCAUUCAUAGGACUGUUCAACAUGGAGAUUUCUCACUGGCAGAGAGCGUGAAGGCUACCUUAGCAUCAGCCAUGGAUAUCCAGGAGCCUUACAACGUGGAGAGGAUUCUCUGGCUGCUCUCGGGCUCUGACAGCCGCCUGAUAAAAACUCUGAUGGAGCAAUUCAACAUCUCAAAAAGGCUGAAGCUGCCAGAGGAUUUGCACAGAAAGCUCUCCAAGACCCUGGGAUCAUGCUCAGCCUCUGACCAGGACAUUGUGGGAGCCAUGCAGCGCUGCUGGGAGGAGAACCAGUACCUGCUGUGCCCCCACUCUGCUGUGGCUGCUCACUACCACUACUCACAGCCACACAGCAUCCCCCGGUGUUGCUUGGCUCCAGCCUCUGCAGCCAAAUUUCAGGAUGCCCUUCUCCGAGCUGGCCUGGCUCCCCAAAUCCCCCCUGAAAUCUCUGCUCUGACAGCAAUGGAGACCAGGUCCACUCCCCUGGAGCGGGGACAGGACUGGACACAGGUGCUCCGGGGCCGGAUUGAAGCUGUGGCACAGCAGUGGGAGGCACAGGCGGGGAAGGCAACCAGCCUAGGGAAAUUAAAGGAAUGUGACUUCCAAGAUCUCAGCCCUGCAAUCAAACUGGGCAGGUAUCCACAGGGAAUUGGGAACACAAGAAGGAGUUUGGGACACUCUGAGACUCCUUCCCUGGUGAGAGGAGCAUGGGGCUGGGAGCAUCUUUGGGGCUGUUGGUGGCAGCAGCAACAGAAGUGGCUCAGAAGGGAUUUUUUUCCUCAAUUAUUUGUGUUUUAGAAAUGAGAAAGGGGAAGAAAUGGGAUGGAAAAAUCAGAGAAAAAAAAAAGUAAGCAUUCAGAAAUUAAAUAAUUUAAAAGGAGUUUGAAUUUCUUGAAUUGAAUCAAAAGAUUUUUUUCUUUUCAGCAAACAUGAGCUUCUUUUGAGCAGAAACUGAAAAAAAAGAGCCUUAGAAAAGGUAUUUUAAAGGCAAAAUGACUCCCUUUUAGCCCAAAUGAUUAAAAUUAUGUUUCAGUUUUGGGAAAAAGAAGGAAAUGUAGAAAUUUUUCAAAUUUUAGG